UAGAUAAGGAUACAACGUGGUUGUUAAGUGUACAGCAGUUUUUAUGCAUAUCAACCCAGUGAGACAGACAACAGAGCAGUACGUGUUGAGGUGUUCUCCAUCGGUGACCAGAGUACCAAAUUUCUCCACUGAUUAAAUACGAAAACAUGCGAUAAAGCCCACCUUUAAGUCGUGCGUUGUUGUUGAGGCAGUAUUCUCAGCAUGACCAGCUACGAUACACUCGGCGGUAGCGGAGGGGGAGUUCUCCCCGGCAUCGGUGGUCUCUGGCAUUGGUUCAAACAUAUGAAACUGUAUCGUGUGAUCCUGCUGGUGACGUUGUGUUUCCUGGUGGGGCCCUUCAUUUUCUACCAUCUACUGCAGGACGAUGAAUCCAACGCACCGCACAACGACAUCCACCGGACACGGUCGCAGCUCGAUACGUUUGAGGAAGUAAGCCCACUGAAAGCGGCCGAUCUGAAGCUGCGAAUCGAUGAAAUGUUGCGCAUCAAAGGUACCGUUUCGCUGGAGUUACGCGACCUAGAAUCACGGCGCCAGAAGCUCCAGUCAGACAUCGGGCUGUACAAUCAGAAGAUCGAUGAGCUGAAGCAAGAGCUCGCGCGCCAGCAGACGGAACUGGAUCGAUUGAAGAUAUCGGUUGAGCAGGCGCAGGUUGCCCAGCGGGAAGCGGUGCUCCGGAACACACCAGAGCUGGCACUACCCCGGGCCCUCUUUUCCGAUUCGCUGCCUGUGGAACGACGCCCGAUUGCGGUGGAACAAAGUCGGGCCUGCAAGAUGAGCACCUGUUUUGAUCACUCCCGGUGUAGUCUCACGUCUGGCUUUCCGGUGUACCUGUACGAUCCCGACACGACCGUCGUUGUUAGCGAAGGGUACGAUAUCGAUGGUUUCCUGAAAACCACCAUCAAGCAAACGCUCGGUUAUAACGCACAUCUAACGACAGACCCGAAAAAGGCAUGCGUAUUUCUCGUGCUCAUUGGGGAAGCCCUUCCCGAGCACGAAGUAUUGAAGAACAAUCGUUACAAUACACCACAGGAUAGGGCCGUGCCGGGUGGACCGAUCCAGCAGUCCAGCCUAAACGCCACCCGACUAAGGAUGCUCCCAUUCUGGGGUGGUGAUGGGCGGAAUCACGUGCUGUUAAAUUUUGCCCGUCGAGAAAUUGGCACCAGCGCUGGGAAUAUGCUCCGUGGGACAACGGUGGACACCGGCAGGGCAAUGGUCGUGCAAUCGAGCUUCGAAGAGAGCCAGUUCCGACCCGGGUUCGAUUUGAUCUCGCCACCCAUCCUCGGACCCCCGGGUGGGGACGUUUGGCAGGAAUGUGUCCCGAUGCUUCCCGCACGGCGCAAGUACUUGCUAAGCUUCCAGGGGGAACUGAACGGUCAGAAUGGGUCGAUGGGGGGAGAGAUGGGACCGCGACUUCCCGGGACCGACGAUACCGAGGCGGACACGGUGGACGAGUUUAUCAUCGAGCAUCUGAAAGAUAUGUCCUCGGGAAGGACACAAGAUCAUUUUUUGCUACAGUUCGAGUGCGUCCCGGCGACGGAGCAGCGUAAUCCGUCGAAUGUUCGCGAUUGGUCGCUCUGCGGAACGGACAAUUCACGCAAAUCGGUGUUGAAGGACUCCACCUUUGCACUGCUGCUGGCCCCGGGGGGCGGAAGCGUCAGUUCCACGCUGCUGCAAGCUCGUCUCUACGAAGCUCUACGUGCUGGAGCGAUUCCUCUGAUCUUGGGCGGCGAUCAGGUGCAGCUACCGUACGCGGACACGAUCGACUGGAGGCGUGUUGUGAUCGCUCUUCCGAAGGCACGCAUCACCGAACUUCAUUUUCUGCUGCGAGCCAUUCCCGAUGCGGACCUACUGACGAUGCGACGCCAGGGACGGUUGGUUUGGGAGCGCUACCUCAGCUCGGUGCAAUCCACCGUCGACACGAUCGUGGCGAGUCUGCGCGAUCGCCUCGGAAUGCCCCCGAAACCGGUGCCAUCGGUGGUAGCGCACAGCGUAUUCAACUCCUCGUUCAUACCGCUCAAAUCAGACCCUGUUAUCGAUACGGAACCGGAGGAAUCGCUCGGACCGAUCGAGCCACCGUACCCGAGCCCGGCCUUUCGGCGGAAUUACACCGCCGCGUUGAUGCAGUCGAGGGAAAUGUGGAACGAUUGGGCCGACCCGUUCGCACUCUAUCCGCAGCUACCGUUCGAUCCGGUGCUCCCGUCGGACGCGAAGUUUAUCGGCUCCCAUAUGGGCUUCCGGCCGAUCGGCAAGGGAGCGGGUGGAGCGGGUAAGGAGUUUGGCGAAUCGCUCGGUGGCAACUAUCCCCGGGAGCAGUUCACGAUCGUUAUUCUCACGUACGAACGGGAGCAGGUGCUGAUGGAUUCGCUCAGUCGACUGUACGGCCUGCCCUAUCUGCACAAGGUGAUUGUCGUGUGGAACUCGCCGAAGCCUCCGCUCGAGGACUUGCGGUGGCCAGAUAUCGGUGUGCCGGUGCACGUCGUUCGGGCGCCCCGGAACUCGCUCAACAAUCGCUUCCUGCCGUUCGACGCGAUCGAAACGGAGGCGGUCCUGUCGGUCGAUGACGAUGCACAUCUGCGCCACGAUGAGAUCCUGUUCGGAUUUCGUGUUUGGCGCGAGCACCGAGAUCGUGUCGUCGGUUUCCCGGGUCGUUUCCACGCGUGGGACGUGAAUACGCUGGACUCGUGGAACUACAAUUCGAACUACAGCUGCGAGCUGAGCAUGGUGCUGACCGGGGCCGCCUUUAUUCACAAGUACUACACCUACCUGUACACGUACACGCUACCGCAGGCGAUCCGGGACAAGGUGGACGAGUACAUGAAUUGCGAGGACAUUGCGAUGAACUUCCUGGUGUCGCACGUAACGCGCAAACCCCCAGUCAAGGUGACCUCCCGGUGGACGUUCCGAUGUCCCGGUUGUCCGGUAUCGCUCAGCGAGGACGAUACGCACUUUCAGGAGCGACACAAGUGCAUAAACUUCUUCACCAAGGUUUUCGGCUACACUCCACUACUCAACACUCAGUACCGGGCAGACUCGAUCCUGUUCAAAACGCGAAUACCACAUGACAAACAGAAAUGCUUCAAGUUUAUCUAAACGCGUACUGCCGCGUCCAGCAAAUCCUCACAUUCAAUGAUUUACUCCGUCCGUCGUCGUACCGAUUAAGACCGGAACGUGGCGCAUUUGUUCCAGAGAACCACUACGCAAUAAUUACUUGACCACCCGCAAUACUACCCGCUUCGUUGGGUUACUUUUACAAGACAUGAUUCGUAAAGAAUCGCAACAAUAUUAUUGCACUCACUACGAAUAGGACAACAGUGUCGGUCUGAUACCGUUAACCGUGCACCAAUUAGGUUAUUUUUAUCACUUGACUGUAAAAGAUGCCAUGUGUAGUAAUUUAGGACCAGCUAUGGAAACUGUAAUCGACAUACAAGCGCGACACGUAACCAUUUGCCGUUCGAUUCAUGCAUACGUCAUGUUACGUUCGCUCCGUUGCGUAGAUUGAAUGAAGCGGGGUGUCGUUUUCUAUUGCAGCGAAAGUCGAUGUUCGACCGGCACUGAAACCACAGACACAUUGUUGUAAAAGCAUUACUUUGUAGCAUAUAGGCUAGGCGAAUGAAAAUUAACCAAUAAUCACGACGUCGUGUAGAUCAUAAUCUUAGCAAUUCGAUUGUUUUAUCGAUGUUCCUCUGCCCGAUGGCAAGGAAAAUGAAUCCAAAACGGAAAAAGCAAUGUUUAACGAUGUAAGAUGUUUCGUAAAAGAGCGGCGUAGUGAAAAACAACAUUAGUCAACAUAAGGCCAAGAUCAAGGAGUUCGUUCGCAGACGACUUAGCCACGGUAGGGCGUUUUGGGUUAACUAUGUUCCACCAAACCGGCACAACGAGUUUGUUUUGCUACCGGUGCACUUCGAGGCCAUUCACCAUAGUUCGUCGUUCCAGUGACUGACUACACUCUAAUAGUCCUACACACCUUUUGACGUGCAACAUAGCCAAGUUUAGUUUAGUUUAAUUAAGUUUUAACUCUACAUGUAUCGUGUAGCCUUAGUGCGUGGUGCAGCUUUAAAGAAUCAAGACAAUUCUAUUCCUGUACUCAAUUUAUUGUACUCGUGCGCGAAGAGUAAUAUUAAACGAUACCAAGUGAUU